AUCUUUUUCUUCUCCAUUACUCCUACUGCCACUUAGCAGCAGCAGCACCAGCAGCAGUAUUGAUCAAGAAACUUCCAUUGUUGCCUGCCACCACCACAACCACCUCCCGCCACUUCUCCUUCAAUUCUUUUCCCAGAUUUUCUUGGCAGAAUCCGACCCCAAAUUCAUGCUGCUGGGGAUUUGAAAUUGUUAAAAAUCGACUCUUUUCUUUUUUCUUCCUAAAAUGGCGUCCGAUGGAGCGUUCCCAAUCUCGGUGGCGUCUGUUGUGGAGGAUGUUCUUCAGCAGCACGGGACCCGAUCACUGCGGGCUCUCGAUUUGGACGCCCGCCGGGCAGAGGAAGCCGCAAUGAGGAGAUAUGAAGCUGCAACAUGGCUGAGGAACAUGGCUGCUGGGGCAAAGGAGUUGCCGGGAGAACCAUCUGAGGAAGAACUCAGGCUUGGCCUAAGGAGUGGCAUUAUUCUCUGCAAUGUGCUCAACAAGAUUCAACCCGGGACAGUUCCUAAGGUGGUUGAAAAUCCAUGUGAUGCAUCACUGCUCCCUGAUGGAGCAGCUUUGUCUGCAUAUCAGUACUUUGAGAAUGUAAGGAAUUUUCUGGUGGCGGUGCAAGCUUUGGGAAUACCCACUUUUGAGGCAUCUGAUCUUGAACAAGGCGGGACAUCUUCGAGGAUUGUGAACUGUGUGUUGGGUCUCAAAUCCUAUUGUGAAUGGAAACAGUCUGGUGGAAUUGGCAUCUGGAAAUUUGGGGGGACUGCAAAGCAUACCGUGUGUUUGAAGCCAAUUUCGCGCAGAAAUACGGAGCCAUUCAUGGGCUCCUCGUCAAGGUCUGGGAACGAGAAAUCUGUGAAGGGAGAAGGAACUGAGACUGAGACUAAUAGACCGCCUAGCUCUUCUCUUGGCAUGCUUGUUCAUUCAGUUCUUUUGGAUAAGAAGCCCGAAGAGAUUCCGAAUCUUGUGGAAUCUGUGCUGAAUAAGGUUGUAGAGGAGUUUGAUCUUCGCAUUGCAAGCCAAAUUGACAUGCAAAGAAGAGCAAAUCUCAAGGAUUCGAUUGUUUCUCAUGUUAAUAAGCCAGUUUCAAAACAAACUGUUGGGAUUCCAAAGGUUGAACACAGAAACAUUACAUUGACAAAAAAAGAGGAUAUUCAGAAGAACAAUAAUGUCAUUGACGAAGAACUUCAAAGAAGAUGUCUUACGCACCAAAUCAUUGUUGACCAACAACAGAGGUGUCUGAAGGAGUUGAAACAAAAUCUUUCCACUACAAAAUCGGGUGUACAGUUCAUGCAAAUGAGGUUUCAUGAGGAAAUCAACAAAGUUGGCCUGCACAUACAUGGCUUAGCCCAUGCAGCUUCAGGUUAUCAUAGAGUUCUUGAGGAAAACCGUAAGCUUUACAAUCAAGUCCAAGACCUUAAGGGAAGCAUAAGAGUUUACUGUAGAGUAAGGCCUUUUUUGCAUGGACAAUCAAGUUAUUUUAGUAGCACCAUAGACCAGAUUGAAGAUGGCACAAUUACAAUUAACACACCUUCAAGGCAUGGGAAAGGACAACGGUCUUUCAAUUUCAACAAAGUAUUUGGACCAUCUGUCACUCAAGGGGAAGUGUUUUCAGACACACAGCCACUAGUUAGAUCAGUCCUUGAUGGUUACAAUGUUUGUAUAUUUGCAUAUGGUCAAACCGGAUCAGGGAAAACUUAUACCAUGACUGGACCAAGAGAACUCACAGAUCAAACCCAAGGGGUGAACUACAGGGCACUGAGUGACUUAUUCCUUCUUGCAGAACAAAGAAAGGACACUUUCCACUAUGACGUCUUUGUUCAAAUGAUCGAGAUUUAUAAUGAGCAAGUUAGGGACCUCCUUGGCUCUGAUGGGUUGAACAAAAGAUAUCCUCAAUAGUCAGCACAAAGUUUUCUGGGUUUCACU